UCACUGUCACUGCCAUUACGUCAUUAAUUGUCUUUGAAUACUCGUCCUUUUGAAAGGAAUAAUUUUAAAUAGUUUCGUUCUUUUCUUCGGAAUAUCAGGAUGUCUGGAGCUGCUGCUGCAUCUAAAUUGGCCUUGCCAGGUCCCUUGAAAGCCAUAGGAAAAAAACACAUCGAAAUUGCUUCACAAUGGGUUGGAUCUGCAAUGGUUUUUGGAGCUACUGCGGGAGUUACUUUGUGUUACGCCACUGACUGGAGGGUAAUUGUUGAUUACAUCCCUUAUUACAAUGGAAAAUUUAAAGAAGAAUAAUAAUGUGCUAGUGCUGUUUUUUGAUUUUAGAUUAAUGUUACAAUAGAAUUAAUAUAAUAUUAUUUAAAUAGUAGUUAUUUUUAUUGAUUGAUAAAAUUUCGUGUAUUUCGCAAGGAAAUGUUUAUAGCAAAUUACAUUCAUAGCAAUUUUUCAAAAAAUA